UCAGUAAUAGCUCUAAUUUUGCCAGAAUUUAAGGAGGCUUUUGGGCUGUUUGACAAGGAUGGCGAUGAGACGAUCACAACAAAGGAACUUGGCACGGUCAUGAGGUCACUGGGCCAGAAUCCCACCGGGGCUGAACUCGAGGACAUGAUUAAUGAAGUGGAUGCAGACGGAAGCGGAACUAUCGACUUCCCAGAAUUCCUAACAAUGAUGUCGAAAAAGAUGAAAACUGAAGAUGAUGGAGAUGAAGAAAUUAGAGAGGCGUUUCGUGUGUUUGAUAGAGAUGGUAACGGGUUUAUCAGUGCGGCUGAACUACGCCAUGUUAUGACAAAUUUGGGAGAGAAGUUGACAGAUGAAGAAGUUGACGAGAUGAUCAAGGAAGCUGACGUUGAUGGAGACGGGCAAGUCAAUUACGAGGAAUUUGUCCGCAUGAUGACAAUGCCAGGGAAAUUAGGAAAAUAACAGAGGAACACGAAAGGAAAUGCAAAACAUUGCACCGCACUGAGCACUCAGCGGUACCAUUUAAAGGCACUGGCCUCCAGAUUUGGCUAAGAUAUAAUUUUUCUUUCAAAUUGAAAUUUGGUCAUAUUAUGAACAUUAGAAUAUGAUUUUUUGUUUCUAAAAUAUUUUAAAAAUUCCAAAUCAUGAAAAAAAGAUGACCGCGUCGGGAAUCGAACCUCGGUCCGCCGCGGCAAUAAGGACAUUUUCUCGUCGUCGUAACCAAUAGCGUUAUAGCUGAAGUAGUGAAUAAUGACUUCAAAAUAUAGAUAUUUAUAAUCGAGUCAGUUUACCUGGAGU